AUGUCACGGCUUGUCAUAAGAGGCAACUAUGACAGCCACUACCAAACCGCCCUGGGCCAGUGUGGCUUCCUAACCUGGGUGAACUGUUCGAACGUGAAAUGGGCCACGAAAGUCCAAGGAAUCUUCACCGCAGCUAAAAUUAUGGCUCUCAUCAUCAUCAUAGUCGCGGGCAUCUAUCAGCUGUGCGAUGGGCACGUCGAGAACUACCAGGAUGCCUUUGAUGGCACCAACUGGAGCAUUACUUCCAUCUGUACAGCCUUCUACCAGGGUCUCUUCUCCUUUGCCGGCUGGAACUGCCUCAACUUUGUCGUCGAGGAAUUAAAGGAUCCGUUUAAGACCCUCCCCCGGGCGAUCCUCAUCUCCAUGCCCAUUGUCACAUUAAUUUAUUUCCUCACCAAUAUGGCCUAUUUCGUGGUCCUCGAGCCUGAUGAGGUGCUGGCGUCCGAGGCUGUGGCGCUGUCCUUUGCCGGCCGAGCCCUUGGUGUGCUGAACUGGGUCAUGCCCAUCUUCGUCGCCCUCUCCACCUUCGGGAGUCUCAACGGCUGCAUCUUCGCCUGCUCUCGCCUCUUCUUCGUGGGAGCGAGGGAGGGGCACCUUCCUCAGGCCCUGGCGCUCAUUAACGUGCACACCAUCACCCCCGUUCCAGCCCUCGUGUUCUUGGGUUUUAUGACGCUAUGUAUGCUCGUGACUUCUGACACGUUGGUGCUGAUCAAUUAUGUGUCCUUCGCCGAGUCCUUGUUCGUCUUCCUGUCCAUCUCGGCCUUACUUUGGCUGCGCUACAAGGACCCGCAUCGCCAUAGGCCUAUAAAACUACCACAUUUGCAUGCAACUGCAGAUGCUGUCAAGGCCACUUUGCAAUUUUUCGUCAGUCAUUUCUGGCCGAUAGCCAUUAUCGGCAAUAUCGCCACCGACAUUAUGUUAGAUUAUGCUUGUUUUGUGAAUGUAAAUCGAUCAUCAGUAACUUUUGAGGUAUUUGACCAUAAAUUCAGCGCUAUGUCCAAUUCUGACAGUGUCCAAAUGUGCGGAUUCUUUAGUUCGCUUAGUUCUAUCAGUUUAAACCUGUAUCACCUACAAGAACAUAAUUUGACAGGAAUGUGUAGUGGUUGCUUAGUUUAG